AGCUCAUUUUUGCAACCUCAGCCCCAAAUCAGAUGACUUCCACUAUGUGUCAAAUGGGUGGGUUUUAUGUUUUUUUACAUAAUGAUGCGUUGUUAUAAGAGGGUCUUGAUGAGGAUCUCAGGGGUGUUGUCUGUCACUUUGGAGUAACAUGGAGACAUCAGUAGAAAGAGGAGAGGAUCACAUCAGCUCGUUCUACCAGAGUAACCCACUGCUUGACUUGGACAUGAAACUGAGCAGGACGGACAUGUACACCUUCCAGAGCAGCGAUCUAAAACCAGCCAAGGCCAGAGGAGCACAGCGAUGUCUGAAUGUUAUUGCCGUUUACCUCGUCCUUCUGACUGCACUGAAUAUCUUCCUCCUUUACAAAGUCUUUUCGAUGGAGUCUAGUUGUUUCUCCUCCUCUGGCUCCAGGACAACGAUGCUGACCGACAUCCACAUCCCCCUGGGGAUGAACCAGGAGGAGGACCUCCGUACACUGGCCAGAAACACCAGCCUGGAGUCCAACUCUCUCAGAGGAGACCUGGGGAGGUUACAGACCCAGGUCAGCAGCCUAUGUGGAGAGGAUGGACAGCUGGGCCAGCUGAGGACAGACCUGGGUGUGGUCAAUGCCAGCACCACUCUCCUUCAGGACACAGUGAAAACACUCAGAUUCCUCAAAGCUUCACCAGGCCCACAGGGACCUAUUGGUCCACCUGGUGCGAGGGGGGCAACUGGUGUGAGGGGGGAGAAGGGAGACACAGGUGAGACAGGACAAAAAGGAGACCCUGGAGUUGAUGGCCAGACUGGUGCCAAGGGAAAACCAGGGGAACCAGGACCCAAAGGUGAAGAUGGUGCCACUGGACCACAAGGACCAGCUGGUGCACCCGACAGUGCAGCCACUAAUUGUUCAGGACCCCCUGGGCUGCCAGGACCACAGGGACCAAAGGGGGAUAUGGGACACAUUGGUUUACCAGGGAUAUCAGGCCAGAACGGAACCAAAGGGGACACUGGAGUUCAGGGGCGUGAUGGAGUAAAAGGGGCCCGUGGUCUGAAGGGUAACACAGGGCUGACAGGAGAGCCUGGACCCAUAGGACCUGAAGGACCAAGAGGACCUGCUGGUGUUAAUGGAACAAGAGGACUUGCUGGUCUUCCAGGGUUGCAGGGAAGUCCUGGAAGUCAAGGUCCACGUGGAGAAAAGGGUGAAAGAGCAGCUGGACCAGUGACAGUGAAUGUGCGUAUUGUUGGUGGAGGUGCUCGUGGGAGAGUGGAGGUGAUGUGGUUGGGGCAGUGGGGUACAGUGUGUGACGACAGCUUCGACACAGUGGAUGGGACGGUGCUCUGCAAGACGCUGGGGUACCAAAGAGCCUCUGCAGUCUUCACGGCAAGCCCCGGAGUGGGUAAGAUCUGGUUUGAUGACCUGCGCUGCACAGGCACAGAGGCCAGUGUGUUUGACUGCCCCCACAACGGCAUGGGCAUCAACAAUUGUCAACACAAUGAGGACGCUGGGGUGCAGUGUGUGUGAGUGUGUCCUGGAUCCAAAAGAGAGACUCCUGGACUCCAUCAAAAAGACUGGAGGAGAGAUGCAUAGAGAGAGAGAGAGACACACACACACACACACACACACACUUGAUGCAUCUACUUUGUCUCAUCUUAUUAAAACAACAUUUAUAGGCAUUUCAAUAAACAUGGCAUUUAACUAACAUGAAGCUAACUUAUAAUGAUAUAAUAGUACCCUGGAUGAAAGUUUAUACAGAAAACAACAUUUAUAGGCAUUUCAAUAAACAUGGCAUUUAACUAACAUGAAGCUAACUUAUAAUAAUAUAAUAGUACCCUGGAUGAAAGUUUAUACAGAUAAAAACUGAAUGGCAUUUUGUAAACCAGUUUCAUCAGUUUGAAGUAAAACAGUGAAAAAUCAGA